GUUUUCUUUCUGUGCUCAUUUUGAAAAAGGUAACAAAUAGAACCGACGCCAAGCUUCGUGUGAUCUAUUAAUUAAUCGAAAAUUGCCCGAAACACAAAAAGAGCAAAUUUAAAUUGUAUACUGGCUUGUGUAAAUUAACAAUUAUCGGUAGUUUUGUGCAAUUAUUUAAUUAUAUGUUAUAUAGUUGGCUUAAUCAAACAUUUUUGAGAGCAAGUAUUUGCAUUGAAAAAUCAGUCACGCACGCAUACAUACACAUUUGAACGGCGGCGGUUGUAAGGCGAAUAGAACAAAAGGAGAGAACGCAAAUUAUAUCGAAAAAAUGGAAGAUGUAAAGAAGCGCGUCCACGAUGAAGUUGAAAGUGAAGAUGAAGGUGCAAUUGUUUCAACUGGAAAUAAUAGCAGUACUACCAUUCCGAAGAAACGCGGUCGUCCCUCCAAUCCAGAUAAGGUGAAGAAGGCGCCAACUGGUCGCGGCCGUGGUAGACCGGCUAAAAAUUCGAGCGGCAAAAAGAGCGUCGCUGAACCGGUUUCCGAAGAUGAAGCGCCGGUAGCCGCUAAUGGCGGUCGAGGUCGUCCACCGAAGUCUGUGGGAAGUGCACCAGGAAAAGGUCGUGGUCGUCCAAAGAAGCAACCACAAGCUUCAGAGGAAGAAGAUGAAGAUGUUGCCGAAGAAGACGAUGAAGAGGAUGAGCAGAGUGACUACAAACGCAGUGGAAAAAAACCCGGUCGUAAGCCAAAGUCACCAAAGAAAGUUGGUAGACCAAAAAAGGCCGUGAGUGAGGAUGAGGAUGAUGAAUCUGGAGAUGAUAAACGCGUUGUUACUGGACGAGGUCGUGGGAAAAAGGUAGCAGCAGUUGCUGCAAAACGGCCAGCAACGGCUGCCGCUAAUGGGGGAGUGCCGAAAAAACGUGGUCGACCUGCAGGCUCUAAAAAAUCCACUCCAGGAAGACCGGGUCGUAAACCAGCUAAAGAAGUUGAUUCCGCGGAUGAUUCACAAGACAAAGAUGACGAUGAUGAUAUGGAGUCGUCAGAAGAUGAUCACAAGAAAUCCAAAAACAAAGAUGAUACUGAAGAAGACACGGGUGCAAAUAGCAACGAAGAGGAUGAUUUAGCAGACGGUGAAGAAUCUGCCGCUUAAAGCCGGUACGGCGAAUUAUAGAUUAAAAUUGCAGGAAACGCAAAUGUUUCGGUAGUUAUAUUAAGCAGAUCAUUACACACAUACAAACAAAAAUAAUAUACAUCUCUUCAUAUGCAUUUAUUAAACAAGAAUAACAAUAGAAAUAAGUUUGAUUUGUAAUUUUUUGAGUACAGUUAUCGGCAAGUAUUUUUACAUGUUAGUCGUUGGGAAAAAUUGUAUUAAACAAAUUCUUCUAAAUCAGUAUAGUGGGAAUUUGUGAAACAUUAAUGGUUUUUGGGGUUAGUUUAGCACACAAUCAUUUUGACAAAAUUAUGUAUGGUUUAUAUGGGUUAGUUUACUUGAGAAAAUGCAUUAAUGUAUAACCAUUAUAAAACUAAAUAUAUAUAAAAUGCAAUUUUGCAUUAUUUUACAUUAAUAUAAAUU